GUAGAUGUCGCAGGUUUUGGCGCGAAUAAGGUGUAUCAGGACUGUGAUUAGGUUUGUUUAGUUUUCGAUUCAGGAAAAUGUCGCAAAAGUCGAUAUUAAACUUCUUUAAAUCCGAACCUCAGCAGAGCUGUAACAAUGAUGAAAAGACAAAAGGACAAAGCAAAGGAAAAGCACCAAAGAAAGAUUCCGUGAAAAAGAAGACGAGAAGCAGUUCCCCAGCUAAGAUAGAGAAUGAUUCAAUGGAUAAAGGUGAAGCAGAAAAUUCUACAAAAGAACAGAAUGACUCAAUAGAAUUUCCUGAACGUGAAUCUCCUGUAAAAAGCUCUACUAGAAAAAGGCUCAAUCGGCUCAUUGACAGUGAAGACGAGGAAGAAAUAAGUGACAAAAGUCCCAGAAAAUCCAGAUAUUCUUGCACUGAAAACGAGGAAAAAUCUUCCAGUGAAGAUAAAACAAGAAUUGAUAAUUCAGCGGAAGUUAAACCAGACAAAAAAACUAAAGCACAUUCUAAAGAAAAUCUACCACCAUCUACAUCUGGUGAUCAGAAAUCUCCACCCACAACUCAGUCAACUGAGACAAUUCCUAAACGGAGAACAGCUCGGAAACACAUGAAAAGGAAAGUACCAGCUGAACAUACCGAGUUAGAUGAAAUGGCAGUAGGCCAGAAGAAGCUAAAGAAAGAAGAGGAAGUGAAUGCAGAAGAAAAACCAAUCAACUCUGUUAGUUCAGAUGAACAGUGCUCUAAAGAAGAAAGUGAUAGUGAAAAUAAGGUUAAGAAAAAGGAGGAAAAAACUGAAAAACAAACAGACUGCAAUGAAAAUGAAGAAGAAAGCAAAGGCUCUAUUCAUUCAUUCUUUGCUCCAAAAAAAGCUAAGACUAAAACAGUAGAACAUGCAGAAAAAGAAUCGAAUAAUGUGGAAGAAGCAACAAACAAAUCAGAAGCAUUGAAACCUUCCAGUAGUGAAAAAAACUCUUAUAACCCUGCUAAAAAUAAAUACCAUCCUAUAGAAGACUGUUGUUGGAAGAGAGGUGAAAAGGUACCGUAUCUGGCACUGGCUAGGACUUUGGAAGAAAUAGAAAGUGUUAGUGCAAGGUUAAAAAUGAUAGAAAUUUUGGCCAACUUCUUCCGAUCUGUGAUAGUCAUGUCGCCCGAUGAUUUACUGUGUGCUGUGUACCUGUGUUUAAACAAGUUGGCUCCAGAUUAUGAAGGUAUAGAACUUGGUGUUGGAGAAACAGUACUGAUGAAAGCAGUAGCCCAAGCAACAGGCAGAACACUGGAAAAGAUUAAAAAUGAUGUAUCAAAUAAAGGGGAUUUGGGAAUUGUAGCAGAGACAAGUCGCAGCAACCAAAGAAUUAUGUUUGCACCACCAAAGUUAACUCUUGCUGGAGUUUUUUCAAAACUUAAAGAAAUUGCUCAAAUGACAGGGAAUGCUGCAAUGACCAAAAAAAUGGACAAAAUUCAAGGACUAUUUGUUGCCUGUCGUCAUUCAGAAGCCAGAUAUCUCAUCAGAUCUCUUGGUGGAAAAUUGAGAAUAGGCUUGGCUGAGCAGUCUGUACUAUCUGCAUUAGCUCAGGCUGUUGUCCUUACUCCUCCAGCACAGAGUUACCCACCUGAGGUUAUUGAUUUGUCAAAGAACUUGAGUGCUGAAAACCUUAAGAAAAAGCUUGAAGAAGGCACCCUAAUAUUGAAAACUGUUUAUUGUGAAUGUCCAAACUACAACAUGAUUAUCCCAGUUAUUCUCAAAGAAGGAUUAGAAGCACUGCCUGACCGUUGUCGUUUAACACCUGGAGUUCCCCUGAAACCCAUGCUAGCUCAUCCGACAAAGGGAAUAGAAGAAGUGCUGAAGCGUUUUGAAAAUGCCAAGUUCACUUGUGAAUACAAGUACGAUGGAGAGAGAGCCCAGAUCCAUCUCUUGGAAGGUGGUGAGGUUCAUAUCUUUAGCAGAAAUCAAGAAAACAACACAUCUAAAUAUCCAGAUAUAAUCUCUAGAAUCCCCAAAGUCUUAAAACCUUCCACCAAAUCCUUCAUCCUGGAUUCUGAAGCUGUUGCCUGGGACCAAGAAAAUAAACAAAUUUUACCAUUCCAGGUAUUGAGCACGAGGAAGAGAAAGGAUGCCAGUGAGAAUGAAAUAAAAGUCCAAGUUUGUAUCUUUGCUUUCGACCUGCUGUAUCUUAAUGGUGAAUCUUUAGUUAAAAAGCCAUUAAGAUAUAGACAAGAGAAACUAAGAGAGGCUGUAGAAGAAAUUGAAGGACAGUUUAUGUUUGCUCGUUCAGAAGCUGUCAUUACUACCGAGGAAGUGCAGGAGAUUUUAGAAGAAUCAAUUAAAGGAAAUUGUGAAGGGUUGAUGGUAAAAACACUGGAUGAAGAAGCUACUUAUGAAAUUGCUAAACGUUCACACAACUGGUUGAAGCUGAAGAAGGAUUACCUGGAAGGUGUUGGUGAUUCUCUUGACCUAGUGGUAAUUGGAGCAUACCAUGGUAAGGGUAAACGAACAGGAACUUAUGGAGGUUAUCUAUUGGCCUGUUAUGAUGCAGAAAAUGAAGAGUUUCAGAGUAUAUGUAAAAUUGGUACAGGCUUCAAGGAUGAAGAGUUGGAGACCCAUGCCAACUUCCUGAAGCAGCAUGUCAUUGAUAAACCAAAGUCCUACUACAGGUACGAUGGAAGUCUUCAGGUGGAGGUAUGGUUCGAACCAGUUCAGGUGUGGGAAGUAAGAUGUGCAGAUUUGUCAGUAUCUCCUGUUCACAAGGCAGCCAUUGGAAUCGUUGAUCCCGAGAAGGGAAUAUCCCUCAGGUUUCCCAGGUUUCUGAAGAUACGAGAUGACAAAAACCCUGAAGAUGCAACUUCUGCUUCUCAGGUUGCAGAAAUGUACAGGAACCAAGAUCAAGUUAAGAACUCUAAGUCCCAUGAAGUAAAAGAUGAUGAAGAAUUUUAUUAGAUAUGUUAUUCAAUGUGUUCAUAACUAAGGAGACAAAAGUGUGAAUAUAGAAAUUCAUUGGUACUGCCUAAUGUAAUUUUUCAUCUUUAUACAGAAGCAUAAAACCACAAAGGAGUUGUUGAUAUUCUAAGGAUUCAGCCAGAGUGACUAACAUAUUAAUCUUUUAGUCAGGACAUCAUGCAUGUAGUUUGAAAGAAAGAAGAUUGGAAUAUAAUAGAUUGUACUUUGUUUUAACAACUAUUAUGAGUAUUUGUGUCUUCCUUUCUUAGCUUAGAUUCUACGUAGUUGAAAUGAGUAAAUGAAACUCUUAAUUAUUUACAGCAUUUUUUUAAAUUACCUUAUUAAAAAUAAAUCUUGUAAUUGAGGAGAAACUUUUAAGACACGGAACUGUUCGAGCUCUUUUACUGUGAUUCUUGUGAGUAUGGCAAGAAAUGAAAUUUUGUUGUUCUUAAUAAAUUUCAGGUGACCACAAGAAAUGGAUAAUGCAGGACAAGUAUAGAAAGAGAAAUAUAAACUAGGUUGAUAACAAUGAAAUACGUUGUUAAAUAGGGUAAUUUCACGUAACUAAUAAUCAGCUGUUAUUGUGAUUGAAUAAUUUAUGGGAUAAAGGUUUAAAAAUUUGUAUAAAAAUAUAAACUAGUGAAAGGUGAAUUCAUCUAGGUAGAUUAGUGUGAUGUAAAAAGUAAAUAUAUCCUGUUUUUAUUUUUAGGAAACUUUCAUUCAUUUCAGACUUGGUAUUGAAAAUGUAUUCAUGAGCAUGGUGGUAUAACAAAUUUAUAGCAGCAAAAUAUGGUGUAUGCUAAAAAAAAAGAUGUCCCCCCCCAUUCAAAAUACCACUGAUAUGUUACCAUUUAUGUAUGAAAUUCCUUACAUUUAUUCAGGAAGAUAAAGCUCUUAUAAAGAUAAAAGAACAAGUUGGCUGCGAUAGGAAAGUACAAAAAAAAACCACUAGAUUAGAUACGCUUGGUGAAGAUGCUGAGCUUCUAAAACUGUUCUCGAUGAUUUGUUCGUAUUGAAAAGAACCACAUUUUUCAUUAGUAGUAACUUAAGUUUUAAGAUCAUGCUUAGCAAUUAAAAGAAAUCCUAAUAUAAAAAUCGUACAUUUGAACCAUUAUUGUUAUCCACGUACAUGAAUGACAAGAUACAUACUUCGAAUAAUCUAUAGGUUUGGUUUUUACAUCAAUUAACUCAGACUUGUAAGAAUGGUGUAUGAGAGUUGGAAUACACCUAAAGUUAGGUUAGAAACCAGUGUCAUUGGUUAAUCCAAGAAUUUGUCAGUAGUGUUGUAAAAACAUUUCACUCGUGUUGCCAUAAGCAGCCCGACAGCCGAGUCUACUUUAAAAGUUAUUAUUGUUAUUGCUUAAAGAUGCUUCAUAAAAUUUUGUAAAGAUGUAUCAGACUAAAUUUGCAAAUAAAGUAUUUUAACGUAUACUUUUAAAUAGCUAAUUACUGUCUGUUGUUAAAAAUAAAGUUCUAACUGUGAAUACCUUAAAAUAAUAAAUUUAUUAUUAUAUCGUUAUAGAAGUAUGCAGUGCUUAAAAUUAGUUAGUUACACUGAAAUAAAAAAAUUCUUUAUAUUGUGCUGAUCAGUGACAGAGUUCAAUAUUUCACCAAGAUAUGAAGUUCAAGUAAGUCUAGGAACUUAUAAUGCCAAAAAUAGGGUUUCAGUGCUCGAGUUGGUAGCUUAUACAUAUUUGUGUAGUUUUGUAUUUAACAACUACAUUUUGUAAUUGACUACAAUUGUAUAGAAAGUUCAUAAAAACAACAGGUUUUGCAAAGUUCUUGACACUUAAGGUUAAAUAAGAUCAUCUGUAUUAAUUGUUUUGUGGUACAGUAAUCAUACAUUUGAAGCACUUUACAAAUACUAUAUGCAUGGAUUACAACCAGUAUAGUUUUAAUAAAACACAGGCCUAGUUCCAUCUUGAACAAAUUAAAAGAUGCUACUAGCCUGAGCAUAUACUAUCAUCCAGGUUUUCCUUAUUAGUUACUGCCGUAACAGCUAGAAUAUAAUUAAUCACCGUUGAUCAUUAUUAUAAUUACUUUCUAUUGAAGCUACUAUACAAGGAAAUUUUUUCAGCUUUAGGGGUUUUUAAACAGGUGUAAAAAUUUAUAUUAUUAAUAUCUGCAAAAUGUAACAAAUUUAUUACGUUUUACAAUGUCUUGUAUUCUAAAGAUAAAAAUAUUUUAAGAAAAAAAGCAGGACAUCGUGUGAUUAUGGAGACAUCAUUUUUAACUCUCUGUAUUUCUAGUUGUAUAAUGUGUUCCAUAAUAGCUUAAUAUGUAAAACAAAAUAAAAAUUUAUACCCGAGCUCGAUACAAUUCACAUAUUGUUUAUUUAAUACAACCAAUGCGAGAAAAUUAUUUCACCCUUCAACAUGAAUUUAAGUUAAAAUCAGCCUUAGAAAAUUAUAUAACUAUUGUAUUUGUUUGUAAGAGUGGUCUCUUCUCGUUCAGUGUAAUCUUGUGUUCACCGAUUUAAUUCACAUAACUCUGGCUAGGAUGACAGAUAUUAACAAGUCAGAUUAUUGUCUAUGGAAAACAUUUUUAAUAAACAUAGUUUGUGUACAUUAAAAAAAAAA